GCAUUGCAUACGAAAUCAGUCGAAUUCGUAUGCAACUUCUUAUUCGAGCCAUGAUUUUUUCCAAUUCGUAAUAAAUUCACUCAUAAUAAUAUCGUUUCAAAGAAAUUAAUUAAAGUAUUGAAUAACGUACAGGGAAUGAUGCCUAGAUAGGUUGAAUAUCUUCAACCCUCUCAUUUCGGUCUAAAAAUACAAAAACAAUUUUUCAUUUUUAUUCAAUGAUUGCUUUCCACUUUUUCACCGUAACUCGACUCCGCCCCGUGAGUAAUUAACCCGUUUAAUUAACGCCCUGGGAGAACGUGCCAAGGCGUCGAGGACGAGUUUCCUUUAACGUUUAAUCAAAUACUUGGCUAAGUGCACUAGACUUUUCCGAAAAAGUACGACUACGCGAGAAAUCAGGAUGAUUGGGCAUUAGAACUCGUUUCAUCCCUCCUCCUGCUUGCCCUUCCAAUUUAUCUAGUCUGUUUAUAUUCGAUAAUGUUUAUCACCACGACAGAUUGAAAGAGAUCAUUAAUCUGGCGAAAAGUGGAAUGCAAUGGAAUUAUGGAGUUACGUAACCUAUCGUGGUUGUCAUUUAGUAUCAGAUAAUCAGUAACUGAGUAAUUGAAAUGAAUCAGUAUUUUUGAAAUGGGUAUCUUGAUAUAAAGACUAGGACGAAGGUUUCUAAUAGUCAUUACUGGGUAAUUGAAAUUACUCUGCAGAAAAUAGUCCAGCAUCAAUAAUUUAAUCGUAUAAUGGCAUAAAAAUUCUUAGUAAUUUAUAUGAAUGGACAAUUUUUUUAAUUGAGAAAAUAAAUUAUUGCAUGUAUGACUUGAUAAAAAUGUUUUCGAUACAAGUCUUCAACCUUUUUUUUAUUCAGAUAAUGUAGCAAUCAUAAUAUUUCCAAUUACGUGGAGAUGCCUGUAGAAACAGUGAUUUGAUUUAAAAUUAAUUAAUGGGUAAUUAAUAAUGGGGGGCAGUAUCACCACAUGAAUGCUCAAUUAUUCCGGCUUUAAGGGAGGAAAUUAUGAUUUUUUCAUUAUGAGCAACACAAAUUGUUUUUCAUUCACAUGAGUGGACAUUUUUUUUAAUUCAAAGAAUGCGCCCAUAAAUUAAUAAAAUUGCACACACGACUCCGUAAAAACGUUUUCGAAAUGCUGUUAUAAUAAUUACCAAGUUCUCCAGAUUUUUUUCAUGCAAAAAAAAGUGAAAAUAAAUAGACUCGAGUGGAGAGUUAACGAGCGAGUAGGAGGGGUUCAUUAAAAACGCUGAAAAUUGCAGGAAUUCACACAUUUUAAAAUGAGUUUCACCUCGGGGAUUUAAAUUUAACACCGUAUCUCACAAUUUAUGAUAUUUAAACUUCACCUCUCAUUUCCAACUUGUAUUUCAGAAUUUUUUUCAAUACUAAUGUCUUUAUUCAUUUUACAUUUCGCGAUGAGAAAAAUUGUGACACUUUAUUGUGUCUGUAAAACGACUGUAGUUUCCUAUUCACGUUAUUCCUCAGUAUCUGUUUACUCUCGGCAAUAUUCACACUCUCAGGGGGAUGAGGGUUGGGUGUAACAAACCCGAGACGCCGUCAGGAUAAUCUGGGUCGUCUGUCCUCCAGACGCCCCGGAAACAACGACAGAUUUACACUUGGGACGAUCCAAUAAUCUACGUAUCAACCCAUCUAAAAGCAAAUUUACCACUCAAGGUGACAUUCUCCAGACAAAUUGCACUUGCCGAGAAAAAAAAACAUAAACCUCAAUAUUCGCAUUAAAAUUCGCCAUAUAUAUAUUUAUCGAUCUUCAAUACAGGAAAAAUUUAAUUCUAAUAGUCCACAACUGAGCAGUUUCUUCCUCGCACAUAAAUAGAAAAAUAAAAAAAAUAACGAAACGAGCGAAACACCCACGAAACUCCUUAUUGCGACCCCACGGUGAAUUGUUUCUGAUGAGCAGUGAAGUUAAUAUCCAGUGACAAAGAAAUUUAUCAAAAACAAUGAAGCGUCAGUGAAUAAUUAAUCAAAGUGGCGGGCUUCACCUUCUCUCCCAGCAAUGGCUCCGUGGCAUCUUCUGACUGCUACGGAGAGCGGUUUCAUCGUCACCAAUCAAUGACAAACAAUAUCCCACGUAUUCACACAUCACUGAGCAAUAAUCACCGAGAAAUACCGGCCAAAGACGGUAUCGAUGCACCACUGAGACGAGACGAUUUGGUCUAUGUGCACUGUGCAACGACCGAGGAUGAGGUUGAGGAAGAUGAGGAAGAGAAUCAUGCUGUUUCAAUUACUCGAUCUUGGCUGUGUUGUCCGAGUGAAAGGGAGAAUGAGCGAGUCGUUCCUAUACACGUACCGGCUAAUGGACAGAAUCUUCAUGCGGCCGCGUUAUCGUCCCUGAGAUCAGAGGUAGCCGAGCUGAAUGCCCGUCUUCUGUCGGCAACGAGAGCAAAAGAGGCUGCGGAGGCGUCACUGAUAAGAGCCGAGGCACAGGCAGCAAGGGCCGAACAGAGGGCUGAACAGCAGUCAGCCAGGCAAGAAGAACGACUCACUGAACUUCACUCUGUCAUUGCUGAGCUCGGGCGACAGCUAGAAAGACACAGGGCAACUGUGAUUGCCGAGGAGGAUGAGUCAGAAGUCGAAACUAGUAGAGAUGCUGAAGGAUCGAUAACAAAUCCAGUGGAGGAGUCGGAAACUGGUGACAUUCAGGGAGAUGGUGAUCGUACACUGGGCGACUCGAGCGAGGACAGAAGUUGUGGAGAUGAGAUCUCAACUCGCCAAACAGAGAAUGAUCGAGAGCAGCUGGACAGCCCCGCAGCUCUACCCACCCCAGAGCCAACCCAACAAGCAGCCUCGUGUCAGAGUGUUGCUGUUGCGACUCUCCAGGAGGAGGUUAAUGCACUGAGAGCUGAAAUUGCUACGCUGCAAGCCCAACUUGCGCAGUUCAGGGGCCAUCCCGGACCGAAUAACCACUCGGGACACCAUGGAAGUAGUGACUCACCGAGGAGGGAUCACAGGAGAGGAAAUAUCAGCUCUCCCGAGCCUCUCACAGCCCCCUGCUCGCCCCUCCUGCCGCCGCUGCAAACCCCCCCAGCGAAAAAUCCCUCCCGAGAAGAGGUGCCAGUCCUGAAAAUGGCCGAAAGAGUGAAAUUACGACGAACCGAUGAGAGGCACAUCACUGGGCCUGAUAUCACAAACUUGGGAGUUUGCUCGACGAUGGUGGCUGAACACCUAGUCUCUGAUCUCCUGGACCAUUCUAAUCUCCACGAGCUCAAUGGCUCUGAGAAGCAGUUCGAAGUGGAAACAGAGAGGUUGAAUAGCAGACUUGAGCAUGCCAGGGCCAACAAUGCUGUUCUUGCCCUGACUCUGCAUGAGAGCAAAGCCCAGUGUGACAGACUGAGCCUUCUCGUUGGUAAAUACGAGUCCAACGCAACAGCCCUGAGGCUCGCUCUCUCUUUCUCUGAUCGUGCCAUCGAAGCCUACGACGUCCUAGUUGCAUUAUUAGAAACAGAGAUUGCAUUAUCAUCGGAUAGAAACAGUGUUACUAUUGAUAAUCGAAGAACCGCUGAAAAUGUCGCUCAUCACGUGUUGAAGCGAUUGGAGAAUGAUUGCACAACGCUCGGGGCACCGUGGGAGGACAGCAUUAUUUUAUCUGAUGACUGUGAAAUAUCGUGGUCAGUAGACGACGAGCAACGCCUUCGUCGUCAUAUUAGCAAACUGAAGGGAGAUCGUGCAAUGGUGAGAUCAACAGCAGUGGAAUUGGAAACAGUUCACGUCGAGCCAAUCAACUCCAAAAAUACAAUUUCCCUCGCAGAGGCGAGAAAAUUAGAUCUCGAGACUGCUGUUCUCAUGCAGGAGCUCAUGGCAAUGAGGGAGGACAAGGCUGAGCUCAGAGCCAGAGUUUUUCUCCUCGAGAAAGAACGGGCAACCGUUGAGUUGAAGCUCAAUGCACGUGAUGCACAAAUUGCUGCCCAACACGCAGCUAUUCAGCAUCUCCAGGGCCAGCUGACUGAUACCGAGGCCAUGCUGGCUAUGGCUGGAAACAAGGAGAGGGUUGUGAGUGAUUGCGAGAGCGAGGGCAUGGAGUCAGAGCUCAUUGAGGCUCUGGGAAGAGAGGCCAGGCUCAAGGACAGACUGCAGGAGCUUGUCGCCACUUUGGAGAAGGUCACUAGGAACUCGGAGCUGAGACAUCAGCAGAGUGCUGAACUUGUUAAUGACUUGAAGAUGGCAAAUGGAGCGCUCGUUCAAACACUAGAUAAAUCCAAAAAGAAAUACCAGUCGAGAUUGAAGAAGCUCGAGCAGCAGAUGAUAGCAAUGGUGGAGAGAAACGCAUCUCAGGUGAAGCUCUUGAAACAGAGAAUAGCAAUGCUGGAGGAGGAGGCAGCUGGGUACAAGGGAAGUCUUCCUCUGCAGUCCCAGAGCUCAGGUGCCUCAGAGACGUCCUUAUGACACUCGUCGGAUCGUGACGACUCGCUCGGUUAAGAUCUCAUAACUCGUUAACUUUCCAAAUAGUCAUGUAAACCUCGCCUAAUCAGGAUUCAAUGUAUUUUUCUACUCAAUCAACGACAGAGAGAAAUGCUUAUGAACAAAGAAUUCAAUCCCAGAACCAGCUUUUGCGCCUAAUCGACUGAUGUGAAGAAUGUCCCGCUUUUAUUGUACCUCGAUGGUAUUUAAUACAAAAUGGUGCGAGUUUUAGGAAGAAUUAUAAAUAAUUGCAUUGAUUUUUAUUCUUCGGAUGAAUUUAAUGAGAAGAUCCAUUUGAGAACUCAUCUCAUAUUUUUGUUUUUUCAAGUUUUUACCUAAACUUUACUUUAUCUUUAAUUAUCCUUAAUUAUUAUUCUUUAUUGAAGCACGUGACUGCCGAUUUGCACCAAGAUUUUUGUCACUGAUGUGACAACAAAAAAUUAAUUGAUAAUUCAAAAAAAAAAAUAUUCAUAAAAAGUAAAUGAUGCAGAGGACUUAUGAAAUCUAAUUUCCAAAGCAAUUCUUCUUAUUAAAAUCAACCAAAGAAUUUUUUCCAGCUUCUUGUCAGCUGUAUAGCAGUGUUAUGUAAAUAUGUAUAUUAUAAUCAAGACGAAGGAGCGAGUGAUACAUGUAGAGUUAUUAAAUAAAUCGUGCUUUAUUAAUUUUUAUCGUC